UCUGCUCAACCCCACCUUGGAUUGCAGCUCCAGAAGCAGCAGAGAGCAGACCGGAGACGCCGUGCAAAGCUUUUCCCCCCAAAAUUUUUUCACCAAGACGUCAAAAUAACACCCGAACGAUGACAUUAAAUCACGCGGGACGCAAGCACAACAUCAUUUGACAACCUGCGACCUACAUCGCUCCUCUUCUUCUCCGCUCCUUGUGCACCCCCACUCCAACGUUCCUGCCCAGCCCCCCCACCGGUCCUCUCAACCAGCAGGACCAUGAUGCUGAGCAGCUCGGUGGAGGUGCCCAGCCCGGGCGGGUUGAGCAGCCUCAGCGGUCUGAGCGAAGCGGCUCGGAACGUCGUGCGCUCCUCUAGCAUCUCGGGGGCCAUGUACAACCUGGAAAAGAGUCCCGGCGGCGGGGGCCCCGAGUCGGCGUCGUUGGCCGGCAACAAGAAACGCCGCUCCAGUCUGGGGGCCAAGAUGGUGGCUAUUGUAGGCUUGUCACAGUGGAGCAAGAGCACGCAGCAGCUCAACCAGCAUGACGGUGGGACCAAGAAGCUUCGCAGUACCAUCCGACGGAGCACGGAGACCGGCAUCGCCGUGGAGAUGAGGAACCGGGUGACACGGCAAGGUAGCAAGGACUCCACUGACGGCAGCACCAACUCAAACAGCUCGGACGGAACGUUUGUCUUCCCUACCACACGCCUCGGGCCCGAGAGCCAGUUCAGCGACUUCCUGGACGGCUUAGGCCCCGCUCAGAUCGUUGGGCGACAAACUUUAGCAACGCCUCCUAUGGGAGACGUCCAUGUUGGAAUGGUGGACAGAGGAGGUCAACUGGAGGUGGAGGUCAACCAGGCCAGGGGCUUGAUCCCCAAACCGGGCUCCAAGAACAUCCCGGCAACCUACGUGAAGGUGUACGUUCUGGAGAACGGUGUGUGCCUGGCCAAGAAGAAAACCAAAGUCGUGAAGAAGAAUCUUGACCCCAGCUACCAGCAGCCUCUGUUGUUUGACGAGAGUCCUCAGGGAAAAGUCCUCCAGGUAAUUGUGUGGGGGGAUUACGGGCGUAUGGACCACAAGUGCUUCAUGGGAAUGGCCCAGAUCCUGUUAGAGGAUUUGGACCUCACUGCGACAGUGGGUGGCUGGUACAAGCUGUUCCCUACCUCCUCUAUGGCGGACCACAGCAUCGGACCACUCACUCGCCGCCUCUCACAGUCCUCCCUGGAGAGCGCCACCAGCCCUUCUUGCACCUAAAGCUGAGUCACUCAUAUUUGUACAUAGACUCUACCUUGAAGCGCAGGAGCCGACGUACUCCUCUGAACGCGUGCAAUUUUCUAAGUAGGGCAAAAAAAACAAAAAAAUUCAUCCAUUCAACAUUUUACCUGAAAACGUAGCAUUUUCCCUCCGUCAUAUUCCAACAUUCCCAAAGCGAGUGCCAUAACCUGCAUUUUGAGGUUCCACAAUAGCAUCCCAGGGCCAUACAGAUGACACUUUCUAAACUCUCUAUGCCAAACAUUAGAAGAAAAAAAAAUAUUUUUUAAAACCAAAGCAAUUGUUAUUGUUGUAGUCUUAGAUGAAGCAGUCGAACAAUAUAAAAGUAUGGAUAUGUAGCAGAGCCAAUGAUUUAGAAGUGACAUUCUGCGGGCACAAAAUGGCCGCCGAUAUUUAAAUGGAGGAACGUAUGUGAGGUUAUUGUACAGGGCGGGUUUGAGUUUAUACAUAGUUAUGCAUAUCUACAGCUAGAGUUCAAAAUUGGUUUGUACUCGCGUGUGUAUCGGGCUGCAUGUUUGCUUGCAACAUUUAAAAAAAAACAAAAUGGUGGAUGAAAUACGGUGAUAGAAAAUUCUGCCUUCAUAUUUCUGCCACAAGGCACAAAAUGAAGAGUUGAAUUGAAGGGUUUUGGAGCUUCCCUUUUUCCUGCGUAGCAGCAUUUGGAGUUUUGCGAGGCUUUAUUUGAAAUAUGGUUGAAAGGCGACACAAACGACAUUCUAUUUUACUCACGUGUUGCGCUCCGCUUCUUUUAAAGACGGCACUUUAGUACUUUGACAUGUUUGACGCUGUUUCUCAUGGAAUGUGGCGAUUGCUUUCAAUUUGAAUAUUAGCAUGGAAAUGUAACAGCACGUUGCUUUAUUGAUUUAUUUUUUUUAUUGGCUUUAUUGAUUUUUUUUAUUUGUUUUUCACCUUUAUGGGAACAACAGAAACAGGUCUGGUAGCACUUUCGAUCUGACACUUGCAUCUUAAUAAUAAUUUUAAAAAAAACGAAUUCAGCAUAAGUUGUAGCGGAAAACUUUAACGUAGUUUUUCCAAUAAUUUCAAGCAAGUAAUUGGCUUUUUUUUUUUUUUUUUUAAAAACAAAAAUAGUUUAUUGUUGGAACCAGCACUUAACUUUACAAAAUCUUUUUAAAAGUGACAUGAAUUUGCAUGUUUUUACCGCAGUACAUUCCGUUGGUCAGUACUAAAUGGAGCUCACAUUUGUAUUUUUAUUUUCCCUUCACAGCACUUGAGAAAUCCAACAAAAUUCCACUUUGGAUUUGAAUAUAAUGUAAUAUUUUCUUGACAUGAUCUACGUACGGUAUUGUAGGGUAUUCUAUACAGUAUAUAUAUCAAAAUCUUCGUGUCUUUUUGUGGCAUGAUAAUGUAAAAUGAGUACAAAUACUGUAUUUGCACACAAUCUCUUCAGUGCACCUUUUUGUGAUUCCCAAAAAAACUUUGAUGAUCCACUCUUGUUUGAAAAAACAAAAAAGAGAAAACCACCUUGUAUGACAUCCAUGUUCACUGCUGAAUGUUUACUCCUGGGCAAAAAAAAAAAAAUUGCUGUAAAUUCCAGCUUUUUGGAGCUUGUAUGAACGUGUUUGUAACUUUUUGCUGUACAGUGUGGUCGGUCAUUCUGAAAGCGGAAAUGCGAAGUUAUCCUCGAAAAAUGUUUCUUUAUUUCCGAACUUCCAAAUUUAUUGACUCCCGCUAGCAAAAAGCAAAAAUGUAAUAUUGCCUUUUCAUUAACGUGAGUGUUAUUGCUUCCAAAGCAGCAGGGUCGGCGGUGACAGAGUUGAGUCCGGUUCCGGUGACUUUUUGAAUGUGAUGGUACUGAAACGGGUCGAGCGUUAGUGGGAGUAUUUUUAUUUUAUUUUUAAUUUUUUUAUGCUGCACUCGGCACGUCAAGCUUUUUCCACGACCGCUUGACGAUGAGAUUUGAAUGUCCACAUCCGGCAUUUUUCAACCAAAUUUGACUUAUGUGCAAAAAAAAAAAAAAGUACUGUACGGUUAAUGAAGCUGUUGCAAAUGUGUUUUAUUUUUAUAAUUCAAGAGGAAUUUUAGAGAGGAGGCGGUAGGUGGGCGGGGCAAACCCGUGACGAUGAGGGCUUGUUCAGUUUCCAAUGGCCUUAUUCUUGAUGAUUAUUGUAUUUUAAAAAUCAAUGCUUCACUAUGACACGUUUGACACAAACGCGUUUUGCUUGAAAUAUUGUUACAGGAGUUCUACAAACACUAUAUAGAGAAUAUUUGUGUGUAUAGUUUUCUGAAUGUAUUUCGUAAUCACGGAAAACAGUGGUUGAGGGACGCAUGCGCAAUGGCUUUUUUAAAAAUUCAUCUAUUAUAAUUGCAAUGAUAACAUUUUCCUCACGAGGAUGAAUUCCUCUUUUGAUUUGAGUUUUAUGCGUGAAAAUUAUCGCAUGCUUACACCGAUUUUUCUCAAUGGCGUCGGAGAAUUUUGAAUAAUGCCGUCGCAGUCACUGAGCGGUGAGGGAUUUUGAAGAGAUGCUAGGAAUGGGAAGGUGAUUUUUAUUGUUGUUGAAUUUUUGGUGUAAAUUCUUGCAAAAUCCAAUUAGAAAGUUGGACCCUAACCUUAAAGUAGCAUUGGCUCUGCCAAUUUUCUUUCGGCAAUAAAUAUCGACUGUAACCUAAGUUGCUCAUGAAAAUACACACUUGUAGGCAUGUAAUGCAAAGAUAAAGUAGUGACUUUUUUUUUUUUUUUUUUUAAAUCCUAGCGCCCUUAGCAGCCUUUUCAAACUACUUUUUAUUGUAGCAAAGCGACAAACAUACCAUCGUCUUAUGUACUCUUCAUGUCAAUCUGUCAAAUUGUGUCUAAAAAAAGCCACGUGAGCAUUUAUUUGAUAGUCUUGAAAUCCAAUUACGAGUCACUUUAUCAAAUUCUAAUCAUUUAAUUCUUUAGUCACCAAUUAGAUUAAAUUUGUUAAUAUUUGCAGCUAAAUAUAGGAAAUAAAAAUAAAUACUUUAGUGUUGCACUGAUGUUAGAUUAAAAUGUUACCAAAAUAAUUUCUCCCAAAUACAAAAGUUAAAUAUAACUGAAUUGCACUUAGCUAGGAGCGCCUUUGUCGUUUUGCAACUGCUCUGAAUUAUCUUACUUCUGCACCUUCCGGCUAUCAAGGCUAUUGAAUAAAUGCUAAAAUGGCUUUCCAUGUUGUGAGACCGCAACAGACUAUACUUAAUCCCCCUUUAACCUACCUGCAACCAUUAAUUCCCACGCCAGCAAAGCACACAUUUCCCUGAAUGCAGCACAGCAAGGA